GCGCCAUAGAGGCCUCACGCAAACACACGCAUUAAGCCGGAACUUCCAAGGGGGGGAAGAAGGGGGUGGAGUCGAAAUCCGCUGCUCUAGCCCCGGUCUCUCUAUGCUAUUAUUUACUUUGGAUUGAGAGACCGCUGUAUUUCUCCGCCGGCGGGCCGUGGCGCGCGUGCGCAGUGCGCAAACGCUCCUCCCCCCCCCAGCAUGCCCCUCUCCCGCCAACAUGGCGGUGCCCUCCAGUGAGGCGGAAGUCGGCUUGAGGCAGUUUUCUCCUUAGCAACAACAACCAUGGGGCCGAAAUGGUUUCUGGCGGCGGCCACGACGACGGCGCUUCUGGGGCUGCUGCUGGGCCCACCCCCUGGAUUGGCUGAGGCAGCUUUGGAGGGUGGUGGAAAAAGUUCAGCGAGUUUGCCAGAGACCACGCCAUGUGGGCAGACGGGGGACUUUGUGGUGAUGCAGCAGUGUACCGCCUGCACCGUUUUCCAGGUGACUGUGCGGGAAUGCAGCAAGACGGGGUUCGUUGAGCAAAUCAACUGCAGCGCUUCGGACAAGGGUGAAUUCAGGAGCUGCCGCUCCAUGAUGAGGGAGGCGCGCAUCUUUUGGAAGUUCCUGGGAGCCAUGCUCGGCAUGGCCGUGGCCUUUGCCCUGCUGGUCGUGUGUCGCCAGCGCAUGCUUGACCGCAAGGCCCUGGAGAAAGUGCGCAAGCAAAUAGAAUCGAUCUAGUGGGCCCCCCUCGUCUUCUGCUCCUCUCAUCCUGGCGGCUGGAGGCGGAAUACCGAUCUUUUGUGGGACUGUGGAGAACAAGGGGGGCCUUGCCUUGGCGGGCAAGCUCUUCCCUCGGGCCACAAGGUUGUGCCGCUCCCGUGCAAACACCACAGGGACUCCCGUGCAAACACCCCUGGCCCUUGCGAGCGGUGGUCGUCCUGCCCUCCUCAGUCAAGCUGGGUGGCGCGACGUGGGACGGACUCCGUGCCCUCCCUGGACUCCGCACGAGGGUUGGAGGAAGCCCUCGCCCCUCUCUCGUCAUUCAGCAACAGAACCCCACAGCCGAGCAUCUUGAGACUGCGAGGAAAUGGGCAAGUGGCAGGCAGUCUGACCCAGACGGGGCAACAGCUGGGCCUCUUCAGUUUUUUGGGUUUUUUGGGGUGGGGGAAAGCACGAAGCUGCCGAACUGCAUGGCCACGAGUGGGUUGAGAGACAGCUCCUGCAGCUGAAUUUUGUUUUUUACGCUCUCCUCUGUCGUCCAUGUGUACAGAAGCUUAGGUUGAUUAAAAACUGUCCCCACCGAG